AUGGACAAAGGAGCUGAACUCAAGUGGCAGCUGGAGGAGUCACCUGGCAAAGCAGGACAGCAAGAGCAAAGCCCUGAUGAUGGAGACAAAGCAGAAGUGCCAGGACAGCCUGCACACAGCAAGGACAAACCACCCCAGAGCCAUACCCUCCAGUGGGAGAGUCUAGGCAGACAGUUUGUAGAGUAUGAGCAGGUGGCUCCAUUUCUAAUCCCAGAGGAGCAGCAGAGAAGGCUUCUGGACUUUCUUCCCCUCUUCUUAAAGGCCUGGGAACAGUCUGCUGGAGUAAUCGUAUUCCCCAACAUUCAGCUGUUAGCCAGUGAGGUUUCCAAGCUUCUGACAAAAGAAAUUAAGAGGAACCUCAAUGGCAAACCUGCAGAGGAAGCUCGUCUGGCUUUGGAGCAAUUGCUACAACAGAAAGGGGAAGCAGAAGAUGGCCGUUUGCUCCUGAAAUCAGUGUACCUGCUCUCACAGACUGACUUGAGAACUACGUGGAACAUCAUUGGAUCUGGCCUUCCAGCUGCUCUGAUCCAGUGCCUGUACCUUUUCUUCACUUUUCCUCUGAAGAAAACCAGUGAUGAUGGAGAGACAAGUGAAGAUGACAUCCAAACUCAGGAAAUGCUUGUUAAGAUAAUGCUUAACAUGUACAGAGAGGAACAAGGUGUAGAGGAACUUCUGGCAGCUGAUAAACUUCAGUCAUUAAUUAUAGCAACUGCUUCCCUCUGGAACCAAUGUAGCCACUCAUGGAAAGUACCAACUGGCCGUGUGCUGAGAACAAUUUCAAAGGCUCAGACAAAAAACAGCAUUGUGUACCUACAAGCUGUAGACUGCAUUAAAAUAGCUAUUCAGAAUCUCUUUAAACUGGCUGAUACCCUACCUGCUUGUGAUGUGUGUGAGGCUGCUAGUAUUGUCUUGUGCUUUGUGAAAGAUUCCUAUCCCAUAUCAUCAGCUUUAUUAACAGAGUUUGAAAAUAAUGAUGGCUACCAACUCCUGCUAAAAAUUUUACUCAGGUGUGAAGGGUUGCAGCAAAAUGAAGGAGACCCCUAUCUGCAUGAGAUCUUGGACAUGCUGACUUGUCUUACAACCUGUGGAAAAACUGAACUGAAAGUUUCCGGCAAUAUUGUACACCCGCAAUUACCACACUUUGAUUUUGAACGGACACGGUCUUCAGGAAUAACAGUGAAAAAUCUCCAAGCUUUUCAGGUGUUGCAGUCCAUUUUCCAGAAGAGUAAUGAUCAACACCUGUGCGGAAGAAUCUUGGCAGCAAUUGGUACCAUAUGGGCCUGGGACACAGUGAAUUUCUUUCUUCUGGAAUGGACAUUACAACCUAUCAACCAGUUUACUGACAUAAUCCAUUUCAAACCACACACAGUCCAAGUCCAGUUCUUCAGACUGGUGGAGUCCAUAGUGCUAGACCUGUCCUAUGUCCCCCAUGAAAUUUUGAAGAAGGUUCAGUAUUUGAUAAAGGAAAACGUAGUGCCGUUCUGCACCUUAACAGCUCUCCGGUGCCUUCUCAGCAUGACCAAGAAGGACCUGUUAUUCAGUGACAUAUUCCGUGACUCUGGGCUCUUAGGCCUACUGCUGGCACUUUUGAGGAAGCAAGCCAAGAUCCUGAGGAAGUCAGCUGGAAUCCAUCUGUCUGAUCUGGAAGAAGGCACUGAGAAGGAAUUAAAUGCUGUGAUGCUGAAGAUGGUGGCUGCCCUCACAGUGGGUUCUGUGAGGAACACUGUUGUUCUGAAAGACUAUGGAAUGGUGCCAUAUAUCAAGAUAUUUUUGGAUGAUGACUGCUACAGGAGCGCCACUCUCAGCAUCUUGGAGCAGCUAUCAGUCAUCAACUACGAAGAAUAUAUGAGCAUUAUUAUUGGGGCCCUCUGUUCUUCUACCCAAGGAGAACUACAUCUGAAACUAGAUCUGCUGAAGUCACUCCUGAGGAUACUGGAGAGUCCCAAGAGCCAUUCAGCGUUCAGAACCUGCAGUGGAUUCAAUGGACUCCUGUCCCUUCUCUCAGACAUGGAAGGUGCAUUGCAGGACCCUCCAUCUGGGCUGUGGGCAGCAGUUGGACAGAAUUGCAUAUUGGAGCUUGUCUUCUACACGCUUCAGGGAAUAACCUCAGCCUUGCACCUGGACCCUGUCAACAGCAACUUCUUUCAGAAGAAUGGUCUGUUUGAAAAGAUGGCAGAGGACCUUGGAUCACUUGGAUGCUUCUGCACGCAAGAAGAAUGGCAAAUCCCUCUGAGCCUUGAGAAGACAAGGACCUUUGCAGAAUUCUUGGAUGCAGCUUUCUGCGCUUCAGAACCUUUCCCAACGUGGCUAAAGAACUGCAUAUGGAUUCUGAAUUUUCUUGAUCACAUGGUCAAAGGAACCCUCCAUUUGGAGAGCUACUUCAAGGAGAGAAAGCCAGAGAUGGGAGAGACAUCAAGGAAUGAUAAGGAGGGACCCCAAUCUCAAGAGCAGCAUGCUGUUGCUUUCAAAAGACCAGGCACCAAAUUACCUGCCUCUGCCUAUAGACUAUGGGGAAACCCUGAAGAGAAGUGGGAAAUGGGAGACUGCGCCAUUGUACAUCCAGGUGCUGUCUGUGUUAUGGUGAGGUUGCUGCCAAAGCUGUACAAAGAGGGACACUCUCAGCUUUCACAGGAAAUACAAUGUGCUGUGGUUGAUCAUAUCCUGUCCCUGGUGAAGUCAGAGAAGAGUCGCCAGGUGAUGUGUGGAUCUGGUUUGCUGAGUACCAUCAUAACUUCCUGUCAGGAUGCCUUCCGCAAUGAGAGCCAUCCACUGCAUCUACCCCUCACUAGAGUGUUUGAGAAGCUUGCGUCACAGGCUAUUGAGCCAGAUGUGUUAAGGCAAUUUCUUUGGUUGGGAGGUUCACCACCACUAUGUUUCAGACCUUGCACAAAGAAGACUGAGGCCCUUUCAUGUCGGGGGAAUGAUUCAGCUAAUGGAGGUUCAGAAGAAGACAUGGUGGACAAUAAAACCGAUCCUCAGGCAGUUGUACCUGUCAGCAGCUCUUCUUGGGUGUCUAAGGGAUCUGCGUUGGCACUCCAGACUGCAAUGAGUCUCAUCUCCAUGACGUCACCUCGAAACUUCCAGCUCCGCAGCACUGCUUUGGCUCCAUCAUUUGUGGAGUUUGACAUGUCCAUGGAAGGAUACGGGUGUUUAUACCUCCCUACCUUGGCCACUGUCAUGGGACCCAGUGCAGAGCAAUCUGUCUCAGGAGGAAUUGGCGUGGGCACCAGAAUGUUCCCUCCCUCAAGCGGCCUGACUCUCUCCUGCUGGUUUCUGGUUAGCAAGUUUGGCUUGGUGCACAACAGUCACCCACUCCGUUUUCUCACAGUUGUGAGACAUAUGUCAAGAACAGAGCAAGAAUUUGUUUGCUUUUCAGUAAGCUUCUUCCCGCAGGACCGUUCUUUGGUCAUUUCCACAGAAGAAGUGGAAUUCCAGCCACUAGAUAUCAUGGAACCUGAGGGUGAGGUCCUAAAUCCCUCCCCAUUUCCAGGGCAGAUCCAAUUUGGCUGUGGCAAGCUGCUCAUCACCGGCGAGUGGCAUCAUCUCACAGUGACAGUUGCUAAGGAAGCAAAGAAGAACUGCAUUGUGUCAGCUUAUAUAAAUGGUCAGAUGCUUGGCUCUGCAAAGAUGCAGUAUCUCCAGCCCUUACCAGGUAGCUGUAUUUCCAUGGAACCCUCAUCCUUUAUUGAUGUCUAUGGGUACAUAGCUACGCCUCAAAUUUGGAAACAGAAGUCCUCCUUGACCUGGCGCCUUGGCCCUACGUACUUGUUUGAAGAAGCUAUCUCUGUGGAAACCAUGGAGGUGAUCAAUAAGCUUGGCCCACAAUACUGUAGCAAUUUCCAGGCAGUACAGCUUCAAGGUGAGGACCAUUACAGUGAUAAUAAUCCCGCACCUCUGGUGGCAGAAGGGAAGAUUUCUUUUGGAAUCAAUGCCACAUGCUCAUGUCUCACUACAGUCCAAGAUAUAAAGAGCUCGUACAAUGAAGUGGAUGGCCGGCUGAUUGCUAAAGAGAUUGGGAUUAACUCUCGGGACAGUUCAACUCCAAUAUUCCUGGCUAAAAAUAUUGCUGGACACCUAUCGGGUUCCUUGCGGACUAUUGGGUCAGUUGCUGUGGGCCAAUAUGGGGUAAGAGUGUUCCAGUCCUGUCCAGCAGCUACUAGCCUGAACUUCGUUGGAGGCCCUGCCAUUCUCCUGGGUCUCAUUGCAAUGGCCCGUGAUGACCACACUAUGUAUGCAGCUGUCAAAGUCCUGAACUCCAUCCUGAACAGUAGCCCAAUGAGUGAGAAAUUGAUGAGGCACAUGGGUGGAUACCAGUUGCUGUCCUAUCUAUUGAAGAGGAAGACACAGCUGUUAAACAACAGGAUUUUACAAUUAAUGUUCUCCCUAGUAGGCACAGCUGAGCUUGGCUUUGAGUCCUCAGUCAUCAAGAAUUAUAGUGCAUUCCAGUAUGUUCUCUGCAACUUUGAGCUUUGGAUGAAAACACCAGAGGAUCUUGACCUUGCUCUUUUUUCACAUCUUGUGGAGAUCUUGCAGUCGUCCAGAGAUGGAUGUCAGAAUGCUGCAGUUGCCUACCAGGUGCAAAUGGUGCCCAAGCUCAUUUUCCUCUUCAAUGAUCCUGAAAUCAGUAACUCCAGGAUUACUGUGGCCUGCACUAUUCUCUCACAUCUAUUGCAAGGAUACUUUAACACAAGGGAUGUUCUCAGGAUUGGAUUAUUCCUUGUUUACACUUUGAAACCUUCUUCUGUGGAUGAAAAUCAGAUUUGCCUGGACGGUGUGGCUGAGAUGCCUAAUGAAGCCUUAAACCAAACAUCUGGAAAGACAAUCUGGCUUCGAAACCAGUUACUGAAGAUGCUGUUAGAUGUAAUGCACUCAGACAAACUUCAUCUGUCCUCUGAGGAACAAGAAGAGACAUUUUUUGCGCUGGGGCCAGACUGGUUUCUGCUGUUCACACAAAGCUACCUGCACUCUAGCACAGUUGUGCUAGGAAUCAAGCUACUUUUGUGCUUCCUCCACAAUCGUUUGCUACUGAACAAAUUCAAGGAGGGGAUAGUAGCUGGAUGCUGGCUGGAAAACAGCUCUGUGGGGUUAAGUAUUCUAAUGGAUAAUUUAAAAACUCAUCCUCCAGUGCCUGAUAAUGGCUCCUUCUUGAUUUUUGGGACUUCUGUGUUGCAAAGAUGUCUGACUGAUCAUGUCCACAUCCCGGAGAUCUACUUGCUCGUGGCAGGGCUCUUUCUGGCAAUGCCACAGACUGAACCACCUGACCCAGCCAAGAAAGAUCUUGAGUCUAUGUUGCAGUGGAUCUUGCAGCACCACCUUACGGAGAAUGUCCUCAAAAUUGGGUUGUGUGCAGAGGCAGCUGUUCUACUGCUGCAGAUGGUUAGAGUCACUGUGGACAAGCCUAUUGCAGAUGCAGAAGCCUCCUGGGAGAUUGCCUAUCCAGGGAACGUUAUCCAGUUUCUGUGCUUGAUCUAUCACAGUUAUACUCAGGACCCGGUGUGGCAGUGUCCUGACUUCUUGAAAACUUUGGCUAUGGUUGCUUUCCAUUCUGGACCACCCAAGGGAGGCUCUGAAGGCCUUUUGACACCUGAUGGCCCAGCCAUUGUUGAAGGGAAAGGCUGUGUUGAUCCUUCCUCUCUCCCACUCCUACCACACCCUGCGAAGAAACAAGUGUGGGAUUUUGUGCGAGUCCUCCUGAUGGACAGUCUUCUCAACAUCCCAGCAAACAAACAAGGGCAUCCACUUGAGCUGCUUCUUGAGGCUUCUCCAGAGGAUGCCACCAGUGAGCAGAAGAGAUAUUUUCAGACAAAAGUUUUACUGUCUGCUAUGGACAUCUUCCAUGUUACCAGCCAGGGUGAGGGGAAAACAAGACCAAGAGGUGAUGAUUCUCAUGGCACGUCAGAAUCAACUGCACCUGUGUCCAUGAUGAAUAUUGCUUAUUUUGCUCAGAAGCUGGUUGAGAAGCUGAACAGCAAAAUGUUUGCUGCUGACCCCAAGCAAAUCCUGAUCUUCACUGCCAAACAGAUUAUGAGGGUCUUAGAAAGCUCUGUUUCUCAAAAGGAAGUUUUCCUCACUGCCCUAUACAGCUGUCUGAACAGAGCCAUCCUAUACUGCCUAUCUAGACCACAACAAUCGCUGCCUGAACAGUUUAACAUCCUGAACACUCUCAAUGUCCUGCAGGAGCAGUGGGACAUUAUUUUUGCAACCUACAAUUCAAAUAAUUUUAUCAUCUGCUUGAUGUACUGCCUUUGCCAACUGAAUUCGGGCAGUUAUCCAGAAGGUUUUGGGGUGGAUGUAAAACCAAAGUUGCCUUUGUAUCACCAAAUUUUCCUUGCACCCAGUGAAGAAGAAAAGGGCAGCCUGCCUACUCCAGAUGAUGUCCAUCAGGAGAUUCUGAGAACAGUAGAAAUCAUCUGGAAGCAGCUCAUUUCACAGAGGCGGCAGGCUCUGGAGGACACUUACAAGAUGGAUCUUUCUGUAAAAGGAAAUGACAAAGAAAGGGACAUGAAGAUAACGGAGGUCACUCCUUUAUGGGAAGAAAUUAUGACAAAAGCUUGGCAACACUUGAUAGCAUCUGAAAAGAAGAUUCUCCAGAAUAAAGCAGGACCAGGCCAGUCACAGAGCAAGCACAGUUCCUGGAGUGAAAGCCUCUCUUCAGCUAUUAGGCUGAUGCCUGGCCGAAACACAAAGGAAAUAACAUGCAGAUCUGAGGGAUUUGUGACAUGUAUGGAACGGUACCGAAGAAUUGGGCAGGAGCUGUACGCCUCUUUAUACAAGAACCACAUUCAG